GGUUUGAAUUUGGCGGCCCGGUGAAUGGCGGCCCCUGGCUGCUGGUUUGGCUUCGGCUUUAAUCGAUUCGGGCAGAUUGUUAACCGGAGGGAGCGUGAAGCGGACGGGAAAGUACCGGAGCCCCGCCCAGUGACUUGCCCGGCGGAAGCCGAAGCGGGGAGGCCGCGCACGAGCAGUGAGCGGGGAGCCGGCGGUGGGCAGUGUCCGGCGGGUAGGCCCCCUCGGAUCAGCCCCGCCUGGAGUCACACAGCCUGCCUGACAGGUGAUGGAUCUGUUUAUUUCUUUGGUUUUGUUGAUGGUCGCCCUUGGCAUCAGGUGUGUAAGCGAGGCAGUCAAUGUUGCACAGAUAUCCUGUCCUCUGAGAAAUACUUGCUAAUGUUAUGGCAGGACAGAGUGGUAUGCUGGGAUAUCCAAAACCUCUAUACCGGAGAGCCCAUGGGUGAUGCGACUUGGACAAGGGAGUUGAAAGAGGAAGAGAGGCAUAUUACAGCACUUCCAUUGAUCCCUGAUGGCUAUGUUAUAACAGCUCCUCCAUUUUACAAACCAUUGUCACCACAGCUUCGUGCAAGAAAGCUGGCACUUGGCAGUGAGCAUGCUAUCUUACUGAGCUUUGAUUGGACAGUGUAUUCCUGGGGCUCAGGACGGCAUGGUCAGUUGGGACAUGGUAGCGUUGAGGACGAAGCAGAGCCACGUAUUGUGGAGGCGUUACAUGGGCUGGCAAUGGCUGAAGUAGCAGCUGGGAGCUGGCAUUCUGUGAGUGCAAGUGUAUCAGGAGACCUAUAUGUGUGGGGAUGGAAUGAGUCAGGCCAGUUGGGACUGCCAACAAAGUCAUGUUCAGAGGAGGAACAUCAGAAACACUCCCAGCAGAAGGUGCUUUCUGGACAGGGAGAGGGCACAACGUCCCUGAGUGAUGUACAUGACACGGUUAUAAAAUCUACAAAUGGAAAAGCAGCCAGGAAAGAUUUGAAUGUGUUCAUCUCAAUCCAGGCAUUUCCUGCACUGCUAGAUUUGCCAGAGGAGUUGGAGGUCAGCAAGGUCAGCUGUGGGUCACGACAUACUGCAGCCAUCACCAGGGGAGGAAAGCUCUUCACCUGGGGCUGGGGUAGCUAUGGGCAGCUUGGCCACGGACAGACUGAUAGUUCUGAUCUUCCACGGCUUGUUGAGUACUUUGUACAAAACCAUCUUUAUGUCCUGGAUGUUGUCUGUGGACCGUGGAACACUUUUGUGUUUGCGCGACAGGAAUAAUUUUAAACCUUGGGUGAAUUGUGUUCUUUCAAUCACUGGAAUAAGGGUGUUUAAGAUCUUAUGGAAAAUCAGCACAAUGGCCCAGUGAGCAAUCAUGUACUAAACCAUAGUAACUGGAAUUGUUGGUUUUUGAUUCCCAUUAUUACCUCGGGCACUAGCAGACAUACUCAUGGGUUAGGAAGAAGACAGCUGUUUCCUGCUGCUGAUUUGUUAUCCAUUGACCUGUAUUUGAUGCUGCACAUGUGCAGGCAUCUGAUGAGGGCAGAAUUGUGGUUACUCCUGUGAUAAAGUUAAUCUGCUGACAAUUUUUAUCUUGACUUUUGAGGAGAAAGAUCACAUUGGAGGGACUGAAGUACUCACAGGACUGUGACCCUGCAGGAGUCGGCACUUUCAGGAAAAGAAAAUGUUGCCAAAUGUAAAGCUUUAGUAUCAGAACAACAAGACUGACAUGGGAAUGAAGCAACUGAUUAGGAUCAGAAAAUGUUUAUAAAAGGCUGCAAUAAAUUGGAGACUUUGUUAACUUAUUAAUUUCUAUUGAUGCAGCGAGCAGUGCAAAAAGAACAGAUUUCCGGUCAUACUGCUCAAUUUCACAGGUAUAUGGUUGUAAUGUCUCAACUCUGGUCUACUCUGUUUUCCUCACUAUCCACCUUUCCAACUUGCCUCAUCUCUCCACCUUCAAAAAAAACCUAUCUGAUCACCUUGACUUAAGCUGCUUCCUGUAGCGCGCUCUCAGCUCAUAGCUGAACCCUAUUGUGUACAUGAAUAUUCAUGAAAUAUUAAAAAUUAAAUAUUUCAUAUCAA